UAUGAAAUCAGCUUUGUUGGUUGUUGUUUUGAUUGCCUGCAUUUAGGCAACAACAGUAUCUGAAUUGAAAGAAAGACUUUCAGGAUAUGGAGAUCAUCCUUUUGGUUCAUCUAUGAUUAACUUAGUGAGUGUUAAUAUGAAAACAGGAGGAUCAUUGAAUGAAUUAAAAUAGCUCUUAUAAUAAAUAAAGGAUGAAUUGAUUGCCUUAACAUAAUUGUAAGAUUAAGAAAAUGCAACAUUCACAAGAAGAAGUUAAGUUGAUUUGGCAAAACUCUAAGCUACACUUGAAUAAGGUUAAUAAGAUCUUGACAAUUAAAGAUAAGAAUAAUAAAGUUUAAGUAAUGAAUUGAGUACAUUAUAAACAAGAGUAAAAGAAGGUAAUAUUUAUAGAAUAUAAUUGUAUAGAUUAAGCUGCAUUAGAUAGAAAUAGUAGAGGAAGUGGAGAUGCUUAAAGUAGAUUAGAUGCUGAAAAUACAGAUUUUACAGCUAAAUUUUAAGAUUAUAGUGAUGCAAUUCUUGCUUGUAAAGAAGCUUAAAGAUUAUUAUUAAAUUUAAGAGGUGAAGGAGCAUCAUUAAUUCAAUUAACGUAUUAGAUUUAUUUAAAUAUUUAGAUAAGACACAAAGAGUAAUUUGAUUUAAACAAAAGAAAACUUUUAAAAGAUUAAAGAAAUCUUAGAAGCCCAUACUAAGAAAAGUUCUUUAACUUUAUUCUAACCAAUAAUUGAAGGAUUAGCUGAAAUGACAACAAAAGUCAAUCCAGAAACAUUGAAUAAUGUUUUGAGUUUAGUUGCUAGAUUAAUUACUGCAUUAUAAGAAGGUUAAGAUUAAUUAGAAUCAAAUCACAAAACUUAAGUUGAGAAUUUAACAAGAUUAGGUGAUGAUUUGAGAAAUGAAAAAUAAACCUUAUAAGUUUCAUUGGCAACUGCUAAUAAUAGACUUAAAGAAAUCUAAUCAAGAUUAAAUGAAUUAGAUGGAUUAAUAAACAUAUCUAAUGCUAUUGUUGAAGUCACUUAAUUAAAUAUUUAAGAUGCCACUAGAAUCAAUGAAUUAGAAGAUUAAGAAUACAGUAAUUAAAAAGUUAGUAGGUAAUCAAUAUCAUUUAAUUUAGAUAAACUGAAAUAGAUAUCGUUGAUAGAUUAAUUGAAUACAUCAAUCAAAAGUUGUCAGAAUGAAA